AUGGACCCAAGCUCCCCCCACAGCAAGGUCGAUGAGAUCCAAACUGAGGUCGAUAUCGAGGCAGAUGACGUGGAGCGUACGGGACGUUCCACCCGGAUUGCCUUCGAGGAUGGUUCGACCACCGAUGCCGAAGUCAACCGUUCUAUCUAUCGACCUCCCGGGUUCAGGCGCACUCGUUCCCUCAGCCAAGAUACCAUCCGCAGCACUCAUAGCAGCAGUCAGACAGCAGCAGCAGCCAAUGCUGGUUUCCCCAUCGAGUUCCGUACUCUUUCGAUCCAGAUCUCCGAAUCGCAAAAUGCUCCCAAGCAAGUCGUCGAGGAACCGCCCAAGGAGAAACUGCCCAACCAAGACUACUUCGAAACUCUCGACUUUCACUCGAUCCCCUCAGAUAAAGUGUGCCAGGAAUUCAAUGUCGAUCAGCGCACCGGGUUGAGCAGCAGCACAGCCGCCCAGCGUCUCCAACGGGACGGGAAGAAUGUCAUCGCCCACCACCGUGAGAACUACCUCAAGAAGAUCUUCUUCUAUGUCUUUGGUGGAUUCUGUUCCGUCCUGUGGGUGGGAGUCAUCAUCUUCUUCAUCUGCUGGAAACCUCUCAGCAACCCACCGUCUCCUACCAAUCUAGCCAUGGCGGUUCUCAUCCUGAUCGUUAUUGCAUUGCAAGCCAGCUUUUCCGCUUUCCAAGACUGGUCCACGAAACAAGUAAUGAACUCGAUUUUGGACCUUCUUCCCUCGGAAGCCUUGGUGAUGCGUGAUGAGAAGCUAGUUCGUGUCACCGCGACCGACCUUGUGGCUGGCGAUAUUGUGCAGAUCAGUGUGGGAAAUAAGGUACCAGCGGAUAUGCGUCUGCUGCAAAGCUCGGGUGAUGUUCGAUUUGACCGUGCAAUUCUCACUGGCGAGUCUGACGAGAUCGACGGGGCCACAGAUGCCACCGAUGCAAACUUCCUGGAGACUCGCAACAUCGCCAUGAUGGGAACACUGGUGACAAACGGCAAUGCUAUUGGAAUUGUUGUUUUGACUGGAAGCAACUCUGUUAUGGGCCGUAUCGCGAAAAUGACUGCCGGCGUCAAGCAAAAGCCCACCCUGAUCCAGAAGGAGAUUAAUCGGUUUGUUACAAUUAUUGUCAUCCUGACAGUUUUCCUCGCCCUUUUGAUCUUGUUCACUUGGUUGGGAUGGUUGCGCAAGGAUCAUCCAACCUACAUGAGUGUUGUUGCCAUGCUCAACAACGUCAUGGGAUGUGUUGUGGCUUUCAUUCCAGAAGGUGUCCCGGUUGCUGUCGCCUUGACUCUCAUGAUGAUCGCCAAGCGAAUGAAGAAGACCAACAUCCUACCAAAGGGCCUCGCGACAGUCGAGACUCUCGGCUGCGUGAAUGUCAUUUGCUCCGACAAGACCGGUACUCUCACCCAAAAUCGCAUGUUCGUCAAGUCUGUCGGCAUGGUCGAUUGGGAAUACAGUCUGGAUGAUCUAGCCUCUGGCAUGGAGAUCUCCCAUGGUCUUGCCAACAUGAUGCGCGCUUCAGUUCUGUGCAAUGAUGCGACAUACGACCCGACAACCUUGGACCGACCUAUCCACGAUCGCAUUGUCAACGGCAAUGCCACCGAUGCAGCUGUUCUACGUCUUGCAGAUGGCGCUGGCGCCGCAUCCCCGAAGAAUCUGGCAUCAUAUGAUCGUGUGCACCAGAUCCCGUUCAACUCGAAGAACAAGUGGAUGUUGACUAUGCACAAGGAUCCAACAGGCGCAGAAGGGUAUUUGGUCUAUGUUAAGGGUGCUCCAGAUGUACUUUUGCCUCGCUGCAAUUCCUACUGGUCAGCAAUUCACAGCGCUGUCAGACCAAUGGAUGAUGAGGCCCGUCAAAAGUUCUCCGCUUUCCAGGCCAAGUUGUCUCGCCGUGCUGAGCGUGUCAUCGUUCUCUGCCAGCGCCGCUAUGUCCCCAAACAGGAGGUUGGCUCCAAUGAAUUUAGUGAUGAAAUCAUGAACUCUGGGGCACAUGAAUUGACUGUUCUUGCUCAAACCGUCACUGCAUGCCGCCGCGCUGGCAUUCGAUUCUUCAUGGUUACAGGUGACUUUGGUCUUACCGCAGCUGCUAUCGCAAGGGACAUCGGUAUCUAUGACGGCGCUGCUGAGCCAGAUACGAUCGAUGAUAUUCGUGAUCAGGAUUUGGAAGAGAAAACCCCUCGCUCGAGACACAGUCUGCUUCUUGAGGGUACCAGCCUUUCUUCGCUGACUCACGAUGAGUGGGUCACAAUUUGCGGCUACGAUGAGAUUGUCUUUGCUCGUACUAGUCCUGAGCAGAAGCUUCGGAUUGUCUCUGAGCUCCAAGCCAAAGGAAACAUUGUUGCUGUUACCGGCGACGGUGUCAAUGAUGCCCCCGCUCUUCGAUCUGCAGAUGUUGGUGUUGCCAUUGGCUCUGGCAGCGACGUGGCCAUCGAAGCAGCCGAUUUGGUUCUACUGGGUGGAUUUGACUCAAUUGUGGAGGCUAUUCGCCUUGGUCGACUUGUCUUCCAAAACCUGCAAAAGGUUAUCGCCUACCUCCUCCCCGCAGGAAGUUGGUCCGAAAUUUGGCCUGUCCUCAUGAAUGUCUUCUUCGGAGUACCUUCUCCCCUGAGCACAUUCCUGAUGAUCAUUAUCUGUGUCUUCACCGAUCUCUUUGUCUCUCUUUCGGUCAUCAUGGAAAAAGAAGAAUUCGACCUGCUCAGCAUUCCACCUCGUCGUCCCAAAGAAGACCAUCUCAUCAACCUCCGCAUUUAUGGCCAAUCAUAUCUCUUCGUUGGUGUUAUGGAGGCUUUUAGUGCCCACGCCAUGUUCUUCCUCUACAUGUGGAAAGCAGCCGGAAUUCCCUUCUCCGAUCUUGUCUUCUCCUUUGAAAAUUUCACAGACGGUUUCCACGGCUACUCGCAAGACCAAUUGAACAACUUCGUCAAUACUGGCCAGUGUGUCUACUUCGUCACGCUGGUCAUCAUGCAAUGGGGCAACGUCCUCUCAGUCCGCAGCAAGCGCAUGUCUAUCCUCCAAGCCGAUCCCAUCCGCCCCGCCCGCCGCAACCCUUGGCUUCCUCUCGCGAUGCUCAUCUCCCUGAUUAUCGCUAUCUUCGUCACGGAAGUGCCCGGUAUCCAGUCACUCUUCCAAACAGCCUCUGUGCCAAUCCAGUACUGGUUCAUUCCCCUUGGCCUUGCACUUGGCGUUCUUGUUAUGGACGAGUUGCGCAAGUUGUUGGUCCGUCUGUUCCCCAAGGGACCGGUUGCAUGGGCUUCGUGGUAG